GCAGGAACUGCAAGCUUCUUUUCCUUUUCCUUUCCUUAGCUUAGUUAUUUACGAAUUCAGUCAUUCCUUACUUGCAGCCUUGACUCUCGUUUAUGCCUGUCUUCACACUGACAAAGCCGCUGUUAAGCCACGUACGAUUGAUGCGCGAUGUUGAACAUGGCAGGAGCGAUGCCUUGGAACUGAGAGAAAGAACGCACAGGAGGGAUGUGGCCAGCAUUGGGCCGGAAUUUUCGGACUUAUUGAGCACACAUCUUAUGCGGCUGUCGACGACUACGAGGUCUCCAUGUUCCACUAUGAAGUGGCCAUCAACAGAAGGCUGCGGCCUGUCUUUUUUCUUGGGCUUCGUAAGGCACCUCAGGCAGCAGCAAGCUAAUAAUGGCGGCUAUCUUCUGAGAGAUUUAUCGCUUCCCGCAGCUUCAACCCCGCACUUUCCGUCGGAAGAGCUGAGGACCACGUCAUGACCUAGACCAACAUGGCCAAAUAUGCGCCUCUCGAUGCAACGAGGAGAGAGAUUCGACUUCUUUCGCUUUGCCCUGGAACAAAUACUGAGCCGCUAAGAUGCUCGCUGAGUGUCGUCAGCCUGGAUCAUGUCCAGAGCUACGAGGUCGAUGCCAUCUGCAUUAACCAGGCUGACGCGGCCGAGAAAAACGUUCAGGUAGCGCUGAUGAGUGCCAUCUAUUCCAACGCGAUCGGAGCACUUCUUUGGCUGGGUGAGGAGCCAGAGGUGCCCGUCGCUACCGUCAGCGCCGUUGAGGCGGCGAUGUGGACCGGUCUACUUGCGGAGACGGACAAGUUUCUGGCCGAACUGACGUCCGCUGCGGAUCAGCGGCAAUGGCUAGACGAAAACACGACCAAGCUCUCGACCGAGCUACGAGCAGCGAUCCAAGCUCCUGUCCAUCCAAGCUCCGAUGAUUUCGUGAUUACACACACUCGCCCACAUGCCUGGUACGGCGACGAGAGGGACUUGCCUGCUGUGACCGGAGCCUGGGCCGACCCCAGUCUCGCGCAGGACAGUAUCUUCCACGCCUUCGCGCUGUUCCGCCUCCUCGCGUUUGACUGGCACCUCGGCGCGAUCCCCUACCUUGCUGCCGAAUCAGAGACAGACUCGCACCGGAUUUAUAACCCGGUCUCCGCCCGCCUGGCAGCGCAGCGCACUGGCUUGCUACCCGCAGCUGGGGUGCAUGACAUGCUCAAUUUCCCGGUCGAGACGGUGCUGCGGCUGCGAGCGCUCCGGGGUCAGGCCUUACUGGGACAGGGGAGGGUCUCGCUGGCGCAAGUUCUGCCCAAGUUUUGUCAUCGCGGGGCCACAGAUGCCCGCGACAAGAUGUACGCUCUGCUUCCCCUUGUGACGGAUUGGUACGGUGCGGCGUCGCUCGUGCCAGCGUAUCAUCUGUCUGUGGCCGAGGUGUACACCUCAGCCGUUGCCAAGAUCAUAUGUGACAGCGGUUCCCUUGAUAUCCUCUGCCGGCCGCCCGAACAGGCCGAGCAUAUGCGUCUACCGGAACUACCGUCAUGGGUCAUGGAUCUGAGUCAGCCCGCGACGGCGGGCGGGACGCUAGACCGAUUAGAAAAGCAGCUGACCUUGUACAACGCUUGUGGGGAUAUCCCGAUGAGACCCGUACAGUUUUAUGACUGGGGGAAGGUUCUCGCGCUCGAAGGUGCCAUGGUUGAUAUUAUCAAGAGUGCUUCAACCAUCAUGCUGUGCGAGAACCAGUCGGCUGCAAGGGAUACUGUCCGGUGGUGGUACGAGUCGUACCUCGAGUAA